ACACAAAUAAGUAAGUAAAUAAAUAAAUGUAAACUAAAAAACUAAGGGCUGGGGAUGUAACUCAGCGGUUGAGCAGUGCUCUAGCAUGCACAAAGCCCUGGAUCUCAGUACUGCAUUAAAUAAAUAAGUAAAUGCAACUGCGCAGUAGUUACAUUAAGUGUUUGGUGGAUGAUAAUAACCAGGAUGUAUUUCUUAUAAAACACUAUAAACCAAUGGGAGAACAAACCAACCAACAGAAUAGGCAAAGGAUACGAAGAGAACUUUACGGGGUGGAAAACUGCUAGUGUUGAAAAUAUAAAAAGACAAUUUCUUUAAUGAGGGCAACAUAAAUAUAAAUAUAAAUGAUAAUAAGGAGUUGAAUUUCUCAUUCAACUUUUGGAUAAAAUUUCCAAGUCACUUAUCAGUAAACGUUGGCCAGGACAUGAAAACAGGAAGUCAUGCAUUGUCAGGCGGUAGGGUAAGUGGGCACCAUCUCUGGUAAGCAGUUUGAAGCCUGGGAGAGUUGAAGGUACCCCUGCCACCCACUAGUCCUUAUCUGGUGAACAGCACAAUGAGCCACGUGUGCCUGUGAUGUGUAUGUGGCAUCCUGGCAGCAGAUUUGUUUUCAUUCCCCUCAAAGGCUAAUGAAAUACUAUAUAGUGGUUAAAAUGAAUAGACCAACUAGACUUGUUCACAUAUGCUGUAUCUCAAAAUAACAAUAAUCCACCAUGAAAACAAAAAGCUCAACAGGAUGUGCGCUGAAUAAAUACCAUUUAAGUAAAAUUUCAAGACUAUCGAGCCCAGUAGUGUGCACUGUUUGUGGAUGCACACAUGAUAGGCAAUUCUUAGACAUACUGGGGGGAAGGGGGAGCAGAUUGAGAUGACCCUGGCCUGGUCUCCGUUUUUAGCAAGAGCUGUAGAUUGCCCGGUUGCCUUCUAAGACCUGUUCCAACCCACACAUCCCCAAGGUUCCAUGAAGUGAAAAAAUUAUUCUGCCUUUUCCUCUCGGUUCCAGUUGGGGUUCAUCCCUAACUGUAACCAGGGCACCUGCUCAGACUUUUUUUCUCUUUUCAUUCCGUUCCCAGAUCUUUCCAGCCUCGGCAUUCAAUAAACACGCGUUUCAGUGAACCUGUCCAGGAAAGAGGGUCAUCUCUCGUGGUUGCAAAGAGCACUGUGUCCACGGGGGCGAAACAGCAACUUGGGGUCAGCAAGCCGCUCCCCGCUCGGCCUCAGUUUCCUCCUUAGCAAGCCCGUCUAGCCCCUUCCAGCCCGUGCCCUCAAGGAUUCCAGAAAUUCUGUCCUUUCUGGCCGAAAACAACACUGAGGCUUUUCACAAAGCACUCCCACCCCCACCCCUCGCUCCCCUUAGAUCCACAGCCCGCGUCCCUGGAACCCGGGCUGCACCGCGCUGGUCACAUGAACUCCGGCUUUCUCUGGUGUGACGGCUCUCUCCGAUCCCUUUGUGAGCGCAGGUUUUGAAAGCCAACGACCGGGUUCUGGGUUUGAGACGCGCAGGCGGCCGCGGGCGGAAGGCUGUCGGAGCCCAUCGGCCCGCCUCCAGAGCCAGCGCGCCGCACGGGUCGCGCGCCCCGGAUUCCGCUCCGCCGCCGCCGCCGCCGCCGCCCGCCGCGGCCUGGCCCGAGGGCGCCGGGCCGCCAGGACGCCAGGUCCAGCAGCUGGACAUGGAGGACGGACAUUCAUCACCUCUAUCUUUCUCCAGGGGUCCACACAAAGAGUCUGUGCAUCAGGCCCCUGCCGGACUCCCCAGAGAAACUGUGUUCCCUUCUUGCGUUCUUCCCCCCAAAGAAAUUCCUUCCUUGUCUCCCACUGCCCCUCGGCAAGGUGCCCUGCCCCAGUCCGACAGUACUCCGAAGCAAGAGACUUCUGGCCAGAUGUCACAUGUUCUCCAGAAGGGACCUUCACUCCUGUAUCCUGCCACCUCUGAGCAAGACGCACACCACCAGGGAUCCCUGGCUUCCCAAGAAGAAACCCAGUACUCUCCUUCAGCUGCUGGUCAGGGGACCCCUCUCCUUUCCCACUCCACCCACCAUCAGGAAGCUCCACCCCACUCUCCUGAAGUUCCUGAGAAAGACUCGCUGACUCUGUCACCCACAGUUCCCGAGACUGACAUGGAUGCCCUGCUCCAAAGUCCCACUUUGCAAAAGGACACUCCCUUCCAUACCUCUUCUACAGCCCAGAAGGAACAGCCCCUGCCCACCGCAGAGAUCACUCGCUUGGCUGUGUGGGCUGCCGUCCAAGCGGUGGAAAGGAAACUGGAGGCCCAGGCCAUGCGGCUACUGACCCUGGAGGGCAGGACGGGGACAAACGAGAAGAAGCUUGCGGACUGCGAGAGAACGGCCGUGGAGUUUGCAAACCAUCUGGAGAGCAAGUGGGUCGUGCUGGGGACCCUGCUGCAGGAGUACGGGCUGCUGCAGCGGCGCCUGGAGAACAUGGAGAAUCUGCUGAAAAACAGGAAUUUCUGGAUCCUGCGGCUGCCCCCAGGCAGCAAUGGAGAAGUUCCCAAGGUCCCUGUCACAUUUGAUGAUGUUGCCGUCCAUUUCUCGGAGCAGGAAUGGGGAAACCUCUCUGAGUGGCAGAAGGAGCUCUACAAGAAUGUAAUGAGGGGCAACUAUGAGUCUCUGGUCUCCAUGGACUAUGCAAUAUCCAAACCAGACCUCAUGUCACAGAUGGAGCGUGGAGAAAGGCCAGCCAUGCAGGAGCAAGAGGACUCUGAGGAGGGUGAGACGCCCACAGACCCCAGUGCUGCACACGAUGGCAUCGUGAUUAAGAUCGAGGUGCAGACCAACGAUGAGGGCUCAGAAGGUCUGGAGACGCCAGAGCCGCUGAUGGGACAAGUGGAGGAGCAUGGCUUCCAGGACUCAGAGCUGGGUGACCCCUGUGGAGAGCAGCCAGACCUGGACAUGCAGGAACCAGAGAACACACUGGAGGAGUCCACCGAAGGCUCCAGUGAAUUCAGCGAGCUCAAGCAGAUGCUGGUGCAGCAGAGGAGCUGCACGGCAGAGGGGAUCGUGAUAAAGACUGAGGAGCAAGAGGAGGACGAGGAAGAGGAAGAGGACGAGGACCUGCCACAGCACUUGCAACCCCUUGGGCCGCUAUCCGGGAGGUACGAGGCCAGUAUGUACCAGACCCCCCUGCCUGGGGAGAUGUCCCCUGAGGGCGAGGAGAGCCCUCCACCCCUGCAGUUGGGCAACCCAUCAGUGAAGAGGCUGGUGCCCAGCAUUCAUGGGCAUUCUCAUGGGCAUGGUGAGCGGCACCUGGGCGAGAACCGUGGGACCUCCAGCCAGCAGCAGCGGAACCGACGUGGCGAGCGGCCCUUCACUUGCAUGGAGUGCGGCAAGAGUUUUCGGCUGAAGAUUAACCUCAUCAUCCAUCAGCGCAACCACAUCAAGGAGGGGCCCUAUGAGUGUGCAGAGUGUGAGAUCAGCUUCCGCCACAAGCAGCAGCUCACGCUACACCAGCGCAUCCAUCGGGCGCGCAGUGGCUACGGCUCCCCAGAGCGCGGGUCAGCCUUCAAUCCCAAGCACUCGCUCAAGCCGCGUCCCAAGUCACCCAGCUCAGGCAGUGGUGGUGGCCCCAAGCCCUACAAGUGUCCUGAGUGUGACAGCAGCUUCAGCCACAAGUCAAGCCUGACCAAGCACCAGAUCACACAUACCGGGGAGAGGCCCUACACUUGUCCGGAAUGCAAGAAGAGCUUCCGCUUGCACAUCAGCCUGGUGAUCCACCAGCGUGUGCAUGCAGGCAAGCACGAGGUCUCCUUCAUCUGCAGCCUGUGUGGCAAGAGCUUCAGCCGCCCAUCACACCUGCUGCGCCACCAGCGGACUCACACCGGUGAACGGCCCUUCAAGUGCCCGGAGUGCGAGAAGAGCUUCAGCGAAAAAUCGAAGCUCACCAACCACUGCCGCGUGCACUCACGCGAACGGCCGCACGCGUGCCCCGAAUGCGGCAAAAGCUUCAUCCGGAAGCACCACCUGCUGGAACACCGGCGCAUCCACACGGGUGAGCGGCCCUACCACUGCGCCGAGUGUGGCAAGCGCUUCACACAGAAGCACCACCUGCUGGAGCACCAGCGAGCGCACACGGGCGAGCGGCCCUACCCCUGCACGCACUGCGCCAAGUGCUUCCGCUACAAGCAGUCGCUCAAGUACCACCUGCGGACCCACACGGGCGAGUGAGCAUGCGCCCCGCCCCUGCCCCGGCCAGAUGAGCAGCCAGGUGCAAGGGUCUAAGGCCCCUGGGACAGGUGCCUCGGCUGCCCCCAGGCUGAGCCCAGUGGGCGGGAGCGGGGCGCCCCAAGCCCUUCUGCUGUGAACCCUCCUCCCCUCCUGUCCCUUAUCCCCAGGAGGGGGUAGUGAGACCAGGUCGCUUGUUGCCUGCUUCCCCAGGGCCCCAGGGGGGGAGCGCUUGGGCCUGGGGAACCCCUUCAGGCUGUUAAUUUCCUUGACAAUAAAAUGGAUGAAAACAGUC